UAUUGCUUGUCCUGUGAAGUUUCUGAAGUGCAGAGAAGCCUGAGAGUAUACAUCUAAAUAUCUAACGAGGGGAUUUUUAAAAACGUAUUGUUAAGUUGUUUGGCUCACAAUAAAUAGUAGUUGCAUGAAACCAUUGAGUUGGUUAUAGCAGUCGCAAGAUGAAGGUUCUUACUAAACUCUUAAUAGUUGGUGUUAUAGGUGCAGCUUUUGUUGCUUUCCAAUGGAGUGGACCCACUUUUGACCCAGAGUCGUUAAAGGGUGCCCGGGUCCUGGUGACUGGUGCCAGUACGGGAAUAGGUGAACAAAUGGCAUAUCACCUCGCCGGCUUUGGUGCCCAGGUGGUUAUUACAGCCAGGAGGGAAAAGGUUCUACAGCAGGUAGCAGAGAAAUGCCAGUUGUUGGGGGCCCAGAAAGCUCUAUACAUAGCAGCAGACAUGGCCAAUCUGUCUGACCCAGAGAGAGUGGUGAGGUUUGCUGUGGACAAGCUGGGAGGACUGGACUACCUGGUGCUGAACCACAUAGGACCCAGCCCAUUCGCCAUGUGGGAUAGAGAUGUGGAACACACUAGAUGGUUAAUGCAGGUGAAUUUCCUCAGCUAUCUGCAGAUGGCAAAGACAGUUCUGCCUACCCUUGAGCAGAGUCAGGGUUCCAUUGUGGUCGUCACCUCCUUGUUAGGAAAAAUUAGCAGUCCGUUUGUGGCUCCGUACACGUCCACCAAGUUUGCCCUGAACGGCUUCUUUGGGACGUUGCAGCAUGAGCUUUCCAUGCAGAGGAGCAACGUGUCCAUCACCAUCUGCAUCCUGGGCCUGAUCGAUACAGACUCGGCUAUGGAGAAAGUCAGGGGCAUCACCAACAUCCAAGCCUGGCCGGCCAGUGAGGCGGCUCUGCACAUCAUCACUUCUGGAGCCACGCAACAGACAGAGUCUUACUAUCCCUGGUUCUGGUACUAUUGCUGUCUCAUCAGAGACUGGUUCCCCUACUUCAGGGACAUGUCUUUACGUAACAUGUAUAAAUAUGAACCAUUUGCUUGAAAUAUACAUUACGAUAAUAUCGCUUUUGCAUUUUUCCCAAUUUGGUUUACACUUAUUUGUUGAUUUAAAAAAAAUGCUGUUACAGCCAACUUCUCUGACAUUGAUAAUUUAAACACAGUUCUUUAAAUGAUAAACAGUUCUGUAUAUUGGAAGAUUUUCAUGUAAAACUGUGUUACUUGUUGGUCUUCUUCUUUGUAUAAUUGGUUGCUUUUCUGUGGUACAUUUCUGCAUGUUUAUGUUACAAUUUGAACUUUGUCCAUCCCCUCUCUCAUUGCUUUUGAAUGAUAUCCACAUGUAAUCAACAGUACUGGGGAGUAGUGAACUACAUACAUGUAGUUCAACUAGUUCUUUAAUUACAUUUUGCAGUAGAUUGGUGGUAGUUUAACUCAAUUCAAAUCUUGGUAGUGCUUUUAGUAGUAAAUUACUUUUCUGCCAUGUAGCGAUGUUGCUAACUACACACUACUGUUUUUGCAAAAAUAAAUAAAAUAUGGGUGAAUU